UCUGGAUUUUAUAUGGCAGUGUAGAAGGCACUGAAGUCUCCUUCUCUGGAGGUUUUUAAGCAGAGCCUGGAUGGCCAUCUGCCGGGAGAGCUUUGAUUGUGUCUUCCUGCCAGGCAGAAAUAUUUAUUUAUUUCCAACAUUUAUAUCCCACCCUUCUCACCCGAAGGGACUCAGGGUUGGACUGGAUGGCCUUUGGAGUCUCUUCCAACCCUAGGAUUCAGAGCGUGGUGGAAUCUCCUUCUGGCCAUCUGUUGGGAGUGUUUUGAUUGUGUCUUCCUUCCUGGAAGAAGGGGGUUGGAUGGAUGGCCUUUAUGGGCCCCUUCCAACGCUAGGAAUUUUUGAUUCUAUGGAAGAAGAGGGCGUCUCAGGAGGCUGAAAAGGUGGAAAGCCCAUUGGAGUUCAGCCUGCGAGUGCUCUGAGGCCUCCUUCUCAGCUGGAAACUGAACAGGCAGGGUUGGGUCUCCAGAGCAGGCAGCCUUGGAAGGACCAGUCGGGGACCUCACCUGCCAGGCCAUUGCUGGACAUUCCCGAGUUCCACAAGCGGUGACAUCACAAAGCGUCCCUGGGGCAACCGUGGAACGCGGCCUCUGUUUGAGAGCCCGUCUCCUUGAGCCUUGGAGCCGCGAUGGACGCCACGAGCCGGCCCCACCGCAUCCCCCCGGCGAUGGGGGUCUACGCCGAGAAGCACAAGGUCUUCCAGAUGAUGCAGAACAUGACGGAGGCCCUGCUCAUCUACCGGCCAAAGGACCCCAUCGAGUUCAUGAUCGAGCACCUGAUGAAGGACAACGACGAGGUGCCGGCGGUGCUGGUGCUGGGCCCGCCGGCCGCAGGGAAGACCACCAUCGCCCGCUGGCUGUGCAAGCACCUCAGCGCCACGUACCUCAGCCCCCAGCAGCUCCUGAGGAACAAGCUCCUGCGCCAGUCCCGCGAGGCCCUCGCCCGGCAGCAGCUCCAGGGCAGCGUCCCCGACGAGCUGUGGGCCGGGCUGCUGGAGGAGCGCCUGGCCGACGUGGACUGCGUCAAGCUGGGCUGGGUGCUGGACGGCUUCCCUGAGACGCGGGCGCAGGCCCGGCUGCUGCAGGCGCUGGGCGUGGCCCCCCGGCACGUGGUGGUCCUGGAGGCGCCUGAGAUGGUCCUGGUGGAGCGCAACCUGGGCAAGCGCGUGGACCCCCUCACCCAGGAGGUCUACCACACCACCUUCGACUGGCCCAUCGACUUCACCGUGCAGAAGCGGCUGGUCAAGCCCGAGGGCACCUCGGUCCAGGACACGGCCAAGCGCCUGCUGGAGAGCCACCGCAACAUCCCGGGCCUCCUCCGGACGUACCCGGACAACCACAAGGUCAUCAGCGCCGACCAGCCCUGCGCCGACGUCUUCGCCCAGGCCCUGAGCUUCGUCCAGAGCCGCUUCCGCUCAGAGGCGCCCUUCUUGCCGCGGGUGCUGCUCCUGGGCCCGCCGGGCAGCGGGAAGAGCCUGCAGGCGGCCCUCCUGGCCCAGAAGUAUGGCCUGGUGCCCGUCUCCUUCGUGGACCUGCUCCGCGAGGAAGUGGUGGGCCGGACGUCGCUGGGGGAGCUCAUCAGGCCCUCCUUCGAGAGCGGGUACCCGGUGGGUGACACCGUGGCGCUGCGGGUGCUGGGGAACCGCCUGUCCCAGCUGGACUGCGCCACCCGCGGGUGGGUGCUGCACGGCUUCCCCCGCGACGUGGACCAGGCCGAGCUCCUGCGCCGCGCGGGCCUGGAGCCCAACCGGGUCUUCUUCCUGCACCUGCCGACCGAGGUGACCACCCAGCGCCUCUGCCAGCGGGCCACCGACCCCAUCUCCGGGGAGCGCUACCACACCAUCUUCAAACCCCCGGCCAACGAGGAGAUCCUCCAGCGCCUGCGCCGCAACCCCCACGAUGCCCCUCCGCGGGUGGAGAAGAAGGCCGACGCCUACGGCCGGCAGGUGGCCGACCUGGAGGACUUCUACGAGGAGGCCCUCUUCGUCAACGCCGACCAGGACCCCUACACCGUCUUUGAGCACCUCGAGAGCUGCCUGGUCACGCCCCUGCCGGUCACCCGGCCCGGGACGCGCUCCCUGGCCGGAGGCGCCAGUCACCUGUGACGACAAUGACACACCGAGGCAGCCCUCGACAAUGUUGUGUGUCCCGUUGUGGGCAGCAAGUCCGCUUCGGAUGCAAGCUUCCAAGGAGGGCAAACCCCUUUCCCCUUCAUUUUCAUACUAAUUUUGAUUCAAAAGUUAAUAAAAUACAAAACGAAGAAAGCAGAUUUCACCACCAGCAGUUGUUGCCGUGCCUGGUGCCUUUUUGGCAGUUGGUCUGCUUCGGAUGCAAGCUUCUAAGGAGGGCAAACUCCUUUCUCCUGUAUUUUAAUACUGUUUUUUAUUCAAAAGUAAAUAAAAAUUUAAAAAAUACAAAACAAAGAAAGCAGAUUGUCAUAGUA